GAUUCUACCACCAUCAUUCUCAGCGUGCUCAGCGGUACGGACAAAGCAACAUCUGUCGUCGCCGCCUUCGAGGCCGGCAAGCAACCGUCACAAACCCAAAUCAACGCCUGGAUCGACCUUCUCCGGUUACAGCUCAUUCAGGUCGAAAAGACUGACAGCGGAAGCGAGUUGAGCGAGAAUGGGAGGAAGCUAGCGCGAGAUGCGAGGAACGUUCCCGAUGCCUACAAAGCGUAUGUACGAGCAAGAAUACGAAUCUUGUCCCGGAAUUUAUCUGGCACCUCCGCCAAGCCGACAUGGCCUCUCCUUCCUUCGAUAUAGACCUCCCCAUCAACACCAAGAAAAAAGCCAACUCAGAUUAUGGAUCCCUCGUCUCCUCCAACUCCAACUCCAACUCCCCCUCUAUCCUCUGGUCAACCACAACAUCAGAAGGCUCCGGUGUCUUCUCCGAUUUUGCUUCGUUCAUGCUUCUUGCGAUCGCGGACGCUGUGGAAUCUUUGGGUGAUACGGCAAAGAGUGCGGCGGAGAGUUUGAGGGAGGUUGAGGGAGAGGUGAGGGAUGAGGAGAGGGAUGUGCAUCGGCAAAAUCGCACAACUCUAGCGGAGUCUUCCGGAUUCCUUCCGACUCACCGGAGCUGUCGAUUGCCACUAAGUUCGAUUUCAGAGUGAGCGUGUACGGCGGCGUCGUAUGCUCCUCGAGGGCGGCCCACUAUCAAAUAAUGUCAGAGAUAAAGGAUGGGAAAACGACGGGAGAAAGCACGCACAGUAGUCCAGGGAACCUCUCCAAUGUUAAAAAACUUAUCAUAUCCCCUUGCCACAAUCCUAUACUCCCUCUCCCUCUCUCCCUCUGCCUCCUCCUUCCCCUCCUCCUUCUCCUUCGUAUCACCCCGCCCAUCCGUGACAUCAACCGUAAACAGUCCCCUCGCCAAUGUCGGGAACGGACUCGAGAUAUCAUAAUACUUGAACUCAUUCAUCUUCCAGCUCUCAACAACGAUGCUCGGGUCCUCCGGCGCCUCAUAUUUCGACGAGCGGACAAGUUUCGGGGACUUUUCGUGUAAGCGGUGAAGGGAGUUGAUAAGAUCUGAGUCGGAGGGGUUGUAUUUUUGGGGUAAUGCGG